CCCGAGCAAUCAUCUCGCAUAGAGUAUCUAUCCUGCUUAGGGCGCUCCACAUGAGAUCAGAAAAGAAAGCUGUCGCACCAGCUAAAACUAAGAGAGGAUCUCCUGUUCUACAUAUCAAAAAGACCAGCAGUGAUGGAGGAGGGGGCUAUGAUGACUCCGACUCCGGCAGCUGUGAUGUCACAGGCAACAACAUCAUCAUCAUCAUCAUCAUCAUCAAGGCCGACGCUGGGGUUCCCGCUUGGUACGGCGCUUCUGCUCAUUGUCAUAUUUUGCCUCAGCGGGAUUUUCUCCUGUUGCUACCACUGGGACAAGCUCCGCUCCCUGCGUGCUCGUGCAAGCCGCCACUCCACCGAUCUAGAAGACCCCCACACUCACGACCAAGAGCAUAUCAUGCCCACCCUUUCUUCGCCAACUCUGCCCGUUAAACUUGCCCUUGUACAUCAGAGCCAUGAGCAGGAAAAGAAGCAAAGCUUGCCAGUCAUAAUGCCUGGGGAUCAGAUUCCCAAGUUCAUGGCUUGGCCUCGGGCGUGUCAGCAACGAUAGUGACUGCCGAAGCCCAUCAGUAAGUGAGAGGCCCCUCUGCCAAGUCAAUCUUUGCAGAAUACUUUGUAAUAUAUCAUAUGCUUUUCCUCUUCUUCUAUUUGUUCUAGUUUGAAAGGAAUGAAGUACUAUUGAUAUUGACUGGUUUCA